CACGGGAGGGGGCGGGCCUAAUUUCAAAACCAAGAGCCAAGAUGGCGGAGAGAGGAUCGCUGAGGAAUAGGACUCGGCUCGAUUCGAAGAGAAGCCGGGAAAUGAAUCACAUUGACGGGCCAGAUGAAAAUAAUGUGGAAGACAUCCAGCUUGGUUCAGACUCUGAUGCUGAGGUGAUGGACAAGCCAUGCCCCAUCCAGAUAGUCCUGGCUCAUGAGGAUGACCAUAACUUUGAGCUUGAUGAAAAGGCCCUGGAGCGUGUUUUGAUGCAGGAACACAUACGUGAUUUGAAUGUGGUGGUUGUGUCUGUAGCUGGUGCUUUUCGGAAAGGGAAAUCUUUUUUGCUCGAUUUUAUGCUCCGAUUUAUGUAUAGUCAGAGGGCAUCAAGUUGGAUUGGUGGAAAUUAUGAGCCAUUGAUUGGGUUCACGUGGAGGGGCGGAUGUGAACGAGAGACCACGGGUAUACAGAUCUGGAGUGAAGUGUUUGUUAUUGAAAAGCCUGAUGGAUCCAAGGUUGCGGUUCUUCUCAUGGAUACUCAAGGGGCCUUUGACAGCCAGUCAACAAUCAAAGAUUGUGCAACAGUGUUUGCCUUGAGCACAAUGACUAGCUCUGUCCAGGUAUAUAAUUUGUCGCAGAACGUUCAAGAAGAUGAUCUGCAGCAUUUACAGCUUUUUACAGAGUAUGGACGCCUUGCGAUGGAAGAAAUCUACAAAAAACCCUUUCAGACCCUCAUGUUUUUGAUCAGAGAUUGGAGUUAUCCUUAUGAACAUCAAUAUGGCUUAGAAGGUGGAAACCUCUUUCUAGAAAAGCGAUUGCAGGUGAAACAGAACCAGCAUGAAGAGCUGCAAAAUGUCAGGAAACACAUACACUCUUGCUUUACGAACAUCAGCUGUUUCCUCUUGCCUCAUCCUGGUCUUAAAGUUGCAACCAACCCCUAUUUUGAUGGCAAAUUAAUAGAUAUAGAUGAUGAGUUCAAAAAAGAGCUUCAAAAUCUAGUUCCUUUACUACUUGCUCCUGAGAACUUGGUCGAAAAAGAAAUUAGUGGUAACAAGGUUACUUGUCGAGAUCUCUUAGAAUAUUUUAAGGCAUACAUUAAAAUCUAUCAAGGUGAAGAGCUCCCUCAUCCCAAGUCAAUGCUUCAGGCAACGGCAGAAGCGAAUAACCUGGCUGCUGUUGCUGGAGCCAAAGACACAUAUAGCAAACACAUGGAGCAGGUUUGUGGUGGAGACAAGCCAUACAUCGCUCCUGCAGACCUAGAGAGGAAGCACUUGGAUGCAAAGGAUGUGUGUAUAAAACAGUUUCGCUCUGUAAAGAAGAUGGGUGGAGAGGAGUUUUGUCACCGGUACCAGGAACAACUGGAGGCUGAGCUAGAAGAAUCCUAUGCAAACUUCAUGAAACACAACGAUGGCAAAAACAUCUUCUAUGCUGCUCGCACCCCUGCCACUUUGUUUGCUGUCAUGUUUGCCAUGUACAUUAUCUCAGGACUAACUGGUUUUAUUGGCCUAAACUCUAUAGCAAACAUUUGUAACCUGAUCAUGGGACUAGCACUACUCUCCUUCUGCACCUGGGCUUAUGUCAAGUACUCCGGAGAAUUUCGGGACCUGGGAACCUUAAUAGAUCAGAUCGCUGAAAUUAUAUGGGAGCAGGUGUUGAAGCCACUGAGUGAUAACUUGAUGGAAGAUAACAUAAGACAAUCUGUGACAAACUCAAUCAAAGCAGGUCUUACAGAGCAAAUGACUCAAGCUUCCCGGAUAAAGACAGACUGACAGUCCAUUUCUCCAACUGCAUCCUUUCCUGUCCUAAGCUUGUUUUGUACAAUGACAACUCUAAACAGAAACCAAAGUUUACAGUUAGAUGGAAUAGAAACUGAAUUGAAAUGCUGCCACACAUCUGUUCCCUAUGGAUUAUCUAUGUAGCUUUUUUUUUUUACAUUUUUAGCCGUUAUGGAUGCUGCUUUGCCCUCUAGUGGCAAAAAGCUGUCAGUGCAGCAGUAGUGCUUCUGCACUAUGACAUCAGUUCAUCUUACAACUUCGCUUUGUUCCAAUCAGUUUGUCUCCCCUCGUCUAAGUACAUGUAACCACAAUGUUAAAUUAUGCUCUUCUAAAAGAAUGAAUGUAGUGUUCACUUAUAAAUUUUAAUAUUUAUAUUCCAUAUAGUUAUGCUAUUUAUGAUAUAUUGGGUUAUAAAGCAAUCUCCUGGUAAAUUCACUGCCUUUGGUACAUGUUCCCUUUUCACAUACAGUAUACAUAGAAACCUUUGUAAAAACGAAUGCCUUUUUUUUUUAAAUCCAAGAACCUGCCAUAACAUAGAAGCAUAUCAGGGGAGAUGGGCAGUGGAUUUUGUUCCCCCCUAUCUGUUCAGCCUUCAUGUAUAUACUGUAUGCCAUUAAUUUUAUUGGGGGCGGGGGUAGGGCACAGUCCAUCCAGAAGCAUAGGCUACAGCUUUAGGAGCUCAGAUCACGUGUACAGCAUUUGUUAUUUUCUAUACAAAUCAGAUAGGGCAUGUAUAUGAUAUAUAAAUAAUAUAAAUACCAAUUUUUGUAUCAAGUUUUUGUAGUCCAUGCCAAAUCCCGGUUCUGUGGUAGGCUAAGUGAAGCCCCUGCUUGGGGACUGUUUGUGACUCAUGUAAAUGUGAAUGCAUCAACCAAUCUCAAGUUUUGAUAUAUUUGUGAUAUUUACCUGCCUUGAGCACUGCUGUCUCAGCCCAACGGUCGGAGAGAAAAAAAAAAAAAAGCAUUUUUGUUGUGAAGCCUAUUUGUCCUGUUUAAAAAUUAAAGCGGUUUCCUGUAAUUUAUUUUCAGUAUAAUUAAAAUCUGUUGUAUAUAUGGCA